CCGAUGCCAAACCGACGCGUCUCCAACGCACUCUUGUUCACUUCGCGAGCGCUUUAUCGCCCCUUUAUCAGUGCUACAGUGCGUCCGAUUUUUCGUUAUCAAGCAGCGGUCCCAUUUCCUCCCGCCCGCCGUGUGAUCGCAUUUGAGUGAUUUCAGUGUGGAAAAAUCUCCGUGCUGCACUAGGUUGUUCAUCGGCGCCUCCUUGUGUUGCGCGUUUAUUCGUGUGUCGGGAGAAUGCUAGCCGGGCGUCCAGUGGCGGAGUGUUGUGUGAAUCCCCGAGGGAUCUCCGACUAGGCGAAAAGAGGAUAUCGGCCAUGUCUUUCGGCGGAGCUUAGACGGAUAAAAGUUGAUGAUGCAGAAACGCGACAUCGUCUUAACGGCCGUCUUCUCGAGCUUGGCCGCGCUCAUCCUCAUAGCGGGAAUCGGCGCCGCCUGCUAUUUCUUCCACAAGCGCCGCCGCAAGCGCGACGACGACGACGACGAGGACUCUCCGGACGUAAACAGCAGCCGCAUCGAAGCAGGACAAGAGAAAAAAUCCAGGCUCAACGGCUUCCUCAGCCUGAAGACGCCGCUGAUAUCGACGAAGACGCUCGGAUAUUUGGAAACUAUCUAUGAUCUCACCAAUUUUCAAAAAAGGGCGCAGUUAGAGACGACAGGAAGUCCACAGGCGAAGUCGCCGGCCGGGAGCAGCGCAGGAGCACUGCCAUCAGAAGCCCGCACGCCUACGGCCCCCGCCAACAAGGCCCUUCAAAAUGUCAAAGGGGACCAUCCAUCGGUAAGCCAGGAUAUGGCCUUCCUCCAAAACCGCUCUAUUUCUCUGGUGGACAUGUACAUCGACAACUCUGAGCCCUCUGAGAACGUCGGCCAGAUCCACUUCUCCCUCGAGUACGACUUCCAGAACACGACGCUCAUCCUGAGGAUAAUCCAGGGCAAGGACCUGCCGGCUAAGGAUCUGUCGGGAACCAGCGACCCUUACGUCCGCGUCACGCUCCUGCCCGACAAGAAGCACCGCCUGGAGACCAAGAUCAAGAGACGGACGCUGAACCCCCGCUGGAACGAAACCUUCUACUUCGAGGGUUUCCCCAUCCAGAAGCUGCAGUCGCGGGUGCUGCACUUGCACGUCUUCGACUACGACAGGUUCUCGAGGGACGACUCCAUCGGGGAGGUGUUCUUGCCGCUAUGUCAGGUGGAUCUGAGCGAGAAGCCGUCGUUCUGGAAGGCGCUCAAGCCGCCAGCCAAAGAUAAAUGCGGCGAACUUCUAACCUCCCUGUGUUAUCACCCCAGCAACAGCAUCUUAACGUUGACAUUGCUCAAAGCGAGAAAUCUCAAAGCCAAAGACAUCAACGGCAAAUCUGAUCCGUACGUCAAAGUGUGGCUACAAUUCGGCGACAAACGCAUCGAGAAGCGCAAAACGGCCAUUUUCAAGUGUACACUGAACCCCGUUUUCAACGACACGUUCUCAUUCAACGUGCCAUGGGAGAAAAUAAGGGAGUGUUCGCUCGACGUGAUGGUCAUGGACUUCGAUAACAUCGGCAGGAACGAGCUAAUCGGACGGAUUCUGCUGGCAGGCAAAAACGGGUCCGGCGCGUCGGAGACGAAGCACUGGCAGGACAUGAUAACGAAGCCCCGGCAGACCAUCGUCCAGUGGCACCGGCUUAAGCCCGAGUAAGGGGCGAACCAAAAUGGCGCGACCUCAUCACAUUUUCUCAUCUAAAGGCAAAUUCGGUAGAACAUAACCUCAAAAGUUUCCCAUCACGUGACAAUAACUCAUAAUUUCAAGAGAACGGAGUCGGCGCCAUCUUGGUUUAGUUCGCAGCUUCGCUACCCUUUCAGAAAAUUAGAGAUCAGAGUCGACUGCGGAAAUUCAAAUAAAACGACAAGUAUUUUUUGUGAUACCUUAACCGUAGCGUUAAUACUGUUGUACAUGUGAAUAUUAUUAGUGGUUAGGUUUCGCGGCCGGCCCGCGCCGAUCGGACCCGACCGGACCCGACCGGCGCGCCGCGCCAAAUUCAAAUAACUUUUCAGAAUAUGUUUACAAGUAUAACGACAGACACGCUUUAUAUAAAUGUGUAUAGAAUAUUUUUAGGGGUUAACCAUCAAAGACAAAUGAGGAUCAAACUCGCGCUGGGCGUCGCCGUCUUUAUGUGUGUACUGCUUACAAAAUAGCGAUAGUUUCGAUAUACUUGUAUUUUCAUAUCGAUUGUUGCUGUUAAUGUAGAAAACAACCGAUGUGUGGCAAUUUACGGAAAACCCUCGAUGUUUAUCUGUUGUAACAUAUUCAAAAGGGACUGGGUGAUUCGCGUAGAUUUUAAAUCAACAAACAUUUAAAAAGAUAAACUGUAGUGCCUGAAUGAAACGUAUCGUUAUUGCGAGUACCUUUGACAGAGUAUAUAAGAUUUAUUUAUUUUUGUGUGCUAAAACCUUAACUCUUGUUGGAUGUUAUUAUCACGAUGGUUUCAUUUCGUCUAUUGGUCGUAGGAUAAUUUGAUGUGGUCGUUCGAUUUUUUCCAUAGGUCAUGUUUUAUGGAACGGAGUCACCUCGUUGGCGCCAAAUUAUGUGACACUUGCAAAUUUUUAACAAUUAAGUUUGAUUUAUAUUUUAUAUGAAAUGUUGCUAUUGUAAGUUUAAUAACUGUAUGUUUAAUGUAAAACUUCAGUGAAUGUUGUUAAACAACAUGUUUUAAUGUAUGUAAAUAUAUGUUAGAAAUUAGCCGAUUCAAGUACUUGUAGAAAAUAUUUAUUAGAACUUAAUAAACGUAUUUAAUUUG